AUGUUUUGGGACUUGAAGGAGGUGCAAAGAAUGCAGUAACCUGAGCUGCUGCAAACUCCAAACAGCCAGAUCUGCCUAGCAGGCUCCAUUCUUAGGAACAAAGGGGGCACCAGCCGUUGCCUGAGGGAAGUGGAAGCCUCUGUGGAAUUGUGAGAUUGAGUAGUUGUCACUUGGAAAGCCGGUGUUUGGGCAUUAAUUUUGAUACCAUAAUGCCUCUGAGGAAAAAGGUACGACCAAGUUCUGCUUCAGGGAAGUUAGAAACGUCCACAAUCAGCAGCAUUCUGAAUGACCUGAGAGAGUCGACAGCUGCAACAGACCCUUUGUUUCAACGUGCUCAGACUUCAUUAGGAGGGUGUAGGUUGCAAGCUGUAUCUCCAGUUUCCAUUGGCAGUUUCUCAGUAGCUCAGGAGGAGAUACAGCAGCUCCCAGAAUGGCUGAUGAAGGAACUGCUGAAAGGGCAGCAGAGGAGCCACUCCAUUGGACUCAUGGAAAACAUUUUGGAGAGUGAGAGUGUUCAUCACCGCCUUGACUCUUCCAGAAGUCAAUGGAAAGGAAAGAUUGAGCAGCAAGUAACUCUUGAACAGCUUCAAAAGCUACAUGCAGCCUUUCAGGACUUAGAAAUUAAUGGACAGAGAUCUUUGGAUGUGGAAAACUUCAAGCGGACAUUAAAGAAAUGUAUGGGGUCACAAAAUGCAAGCGAUGAAAAAAUAGAAAAGCUUUUCAUGAAAAUAGACUAUUCUGCAACUGGCAGAAUUCAUUGGCAUGACUUCUGCACAUACAUGCAGCUGGAAUAUGCAGAACAGGAUGGGUCAUCUGCCCGCUUGAAAGAGGUCACUUUUUCGCUACCUGCUACCAUACUGGAGAUCCCAUAUGGAGAGCCUAUGCUGCGCAUGUGCUCACUGUCGGAUAGUACAUUAAUAACAGCUCGAGAAGAUGGACAUAUUUCAUUCUGGUCACCACAGCUCAAGCUAAAACGAAGCAAGAUGGUGUUUGAGAAAACCCACAAAAAAUCUAAGUGGUUGAUGGAUUUCACUGUCAUGACACCAUACAAUAAGUUAAUAUUGGGAACUGGAGAUCGUGAACUUCAGCUCUAUGAAAGCUCCAACUUUGAACCCUACCUUCAAAUUAGUGGUUUAGAGGCUAUACCUCUGAAUGUGGAUUACUGCUACACAGAUCAUGAUGAAUGUAUGAUUCUUUAUGGGGAUGACCAGGGAUGUGUCAAUAUCUUGCUCUUAUGCUCUGUAGGAGAGGUCCUAAGAACAUGGAAGAAGCUGCCCAAAUUGGAAAACCUUCCUAAUAUUAGCCUUGAGAAUGCAACUCUUUCUCCUAAUGUCACUUACAUCCGUUGGAAAGUUCAUGGAGACUGGGUUACUCAGCUGAAUUACUAUGAUUCUAUUAAAGCAGUCAUUUCUGCUUCAAGCCAUGAGUCUACAGCUUUAGUAAUAGGUUGUGUUGUAGGAGCUACCAAUGUUGAGCAACAGAUGAAAGAAAUGAAAGCACACAGGAAAGAUUCAAAGACAAAGAAAGCACAGGCAAACCUAGGAGCUCCCUCCCAUAGAGCUGAGGGGGAUCAGAUUGUUUUUCGCAUCCACAAAGGAGUGAAAUCAUUUGCAUUCAAUAAAAAGAAUAACCUCAUUGUAACAGGUGGGAUGGAUCGAAUUGUAAGAAUGUGGAAUCCUUAUAUGCCCGGAAGGCCAACAGGCAUGCUCAGAAGCCACAUGGCCCCUGUUUUCUAUGUCCACAUAUCAGAAGAGGAUAAAAUAUUUUCCAUGUCAACAGACAACACAAUUAAGAUUUGGGAUGUUGAAGACCAGACUUGCUUAUUCACAGCCUGUUCAAAAAACACUGGGAUUAAAGGAGAGAUUAAUGCUUGCCACUAUAUACCAGGCACUAGAUUACUCUGUGUUGCCACAGAUAUCCUGGCUGUUCUUCAUCUAAGAUUACGAUUGCCUCCGGAUCCUUUAAUAGUAACUUCCCACAAGAAACCAGUUUUGUGCUGCAAAUUCAACAGAGUGUUCAGGCAUGUUGUGAGCUGCUCUGAGGGUUCUGUGGUCAAGGUAUGGGAUUUUGAUAGUGGAAAGCCCUUGUUUGAAUUUGGCAAUGCUCAUGGUGGUUCUGCUAUAACUUGUCUCACCUUUGAUCCUAGUGGAAGAAGACUAGUUACAGGAGGACGAGAUGGCUGUUUGAAAAUAUGGAAUUACAAUAAUGGACACUGUUUGCACACUUUGAAAAGGGAAGACAAAUGUGAUGAAGUAUGUGACUGCACCUAUGUGGAGGUCAACAGAAAUAAGUAUAUCAUAGGUGUUGGAUGGGACAGAAAGAUAAACAUGUUUUAUGAUUCCACAGAAAACUUUCAUCACUUUCAGAAACCUCAAACUCACUGGCAAGAUGAUAUAAACCAGGGACACAAGGAAGACAUUCUGUGCAUUGCUCAGUGUCCACCUACUCUCCUUGCCACCUCAAGUUAUGAUGGUGAAAUUAUUGUUUGGAAUAUGAUCUCGGGUCACAUAUGUCACAAAUUCCACAUUCCUAUUGCCGCUGCCUCUGUUAGUACCAAAAAUGUAGAUGCAAGUGUUAGUCGAGUAAUCUUUCUAAAGACCCGUGCAGUGAAAUUUGAACUGGCUGCAGCUAUUCUUAUUUCCAAUGGGCCACAAGGCCAUCUGCAUUUCUGGAGCGUUUUCACUGGGAAUCCACUUAUAGCAAGUUUUACACCUUCAAGAGGGAAAUCCUUGAUUAGCAGCAUUGCUGUGACUGCUGAUGAUUCAUACCUGUAUGCAGCAGAUGAGGAUGGGUAUGUGUACAUCCAUGACAUCAAAGAUUAUGCUCUUCAGGAUCCGGAACAAGAAGCACCAAAAUAUGUGAACCACUGGAGAGCCCAUUUAAAUCUGGUUCUAUCGUUAGAAGUUAUAGAUGAAGAGAAUGUCCUGCUAUCCUGUUCCAUUGAUCGUACCGUUCGUUUGUGGAGCCUGGAGGGAGAAUACAUUGGAACUUUUGGCCAAGCAGAAUGUUGGGAAAUUUUUACCCCAUCCUCCUGGAAGCAUCCUAUGGUUCCUUAUGAAAUUCUGAUAGAUCCUCAAAGUAUGCCCAUUCACCCUGUACUAGACAACAAGUCCUCUGAUUUGCAGAUCCCAGACCAAGACAAGAGAACUCAUGAUCCUUCCACACCUAAGGAAGCAAACUAUAAUCCCCGGCCCUCCCAUGUUACUGUUACUGAUGAAGACAUUAAAGAAGAAAUUAGCAAACGGUUUUAUGCCAACACCUCAAGUAGGAGGUUGAAACAUGAGCAAUCCAAGCUUUUAAACAGACGAGUUAGCCACGGGAGACCAAACGCUUAUUGCACAAUCAACUAUUAUGAAGUUGACAGUUUCCCAGGGAACUGUCAGAAGCCUGAUUUGUCUGUUCUUGGUACGGACAUUUUCAGUGCUAAUUACCAAGGAGCAGCUGAGUAGCAAGAAACUGAGUACAUCAUUUGCCAGGUCACCAGAACAAGUUGUAGCAAGAACUACUGAAAUCCAUCCUGUUUGUGGAAUUUACAGUACCUUGAAAACUAGAUGGAAUAUGAAUUAAGACCAGUGGAGGCUUGGACAGCUGCUUGAACAUUCAGACUAAACCCAGAGCAUAUUCACUACCCCACUGACACUGGAGCCACCAGCCUCCACUGAUUAAGACAAACUACUACAGAAUAGGAACAUAAAUUACAUGAAACCAUUGUCUGAUGAAUAUCUACAGUAUAUUAAGUUGGAUACUGUAAACUGUAUAAUUAAAGGUGGUAUAGAGAUAUUUUAAAUAAAUAAAACAAAUACCUGCUCACACACAAAUUUUUCAUAUGGUCCAGAUAACUUGUCUCUGAAAUAAUAAACGUAU